GCACAGUCAGUGUAGCGGUGUCUGACAGACAGCUUUCAGGGGCCAGCAGCUGUCUUGGCUGGAUGAGAGAUCCGGCAGGGGUCGGGGUCGGUCCAAGACGUAUCAGAAGAAUGCUUCUGCAGAAAAGAAGAAGCGGAGUGUCCAGUCAAAGCCUGGAGCUGAAGGUAGAUGAGUUAUUGCUUUUGUUCUCCCUCUAGGAGUCGGGGUACAUGUUUCAACUGUGACUGGACUCAGAGGUGGAGCUGAUAUUUCUAUAAUUCUGUUUUCAUCCAUCGCGUUUCACUGCGAAUUCACUGCACAGCAGCCGGGCUCAGAAUCGUGGAGCAGCAGCCGCAUACCGGCAGCUCUGCCGCCGCCGCCGCUCUGCUUUUCCUUCCAGCGCGUUGGCUCCAGAUGAAAGUGCGGGGAUGCUUUUUCAUUUUUAAAUGACAAGAACGUCUCUGUAGAGGAGGACAAACUUGGAUAAGAUCAAGGAAACAACUGGGAACUGCAUCGUAAAGCAAGAAAUGUGCAUUUGAAAAAGAGUUAUAUAACGGACCCUGGGAAGAGAAGAGGGGUAAAAAGGGAGUCGCACCAGGAGGAGAACCAAAAAAAUCCCCGCAGGUUACUUGAGGUUCUGCUGGCAUGAGGAGCUGGAGGGUCGUUUCCACAUCCAAGGUGUCUGUGCAAUUAGCGAAAAGGGAGGCGGAGGACGGAGGGCACAACUGAAGCCCCGGUCAGAAGAGGCGGUGAUGGCGGGUGUGGGUACCGGGGUUCAGUUCACCCGUGCGCCGACCGCAGCCCUGUCAGCAGCCGCAGCAUGAGGUGGAGGAGAGUCCUUGUCCACCUGAGAUAAAGAACCCCAUGAUGCACUGCCUGGCAGAAGGGUGCAACAAGAGUAAGGGAGAAAAAGUUGGAAGAAGUGAAUAUUGCUUCCCAAGUAGAAAGAACCUUAUCACAACAAUGAUUCUUCUUGGAGCAGACACAGUGGAGGUGACCCUUAUUAUAACCUGAAGAAGACAAGACCCAGUGCGUGACCCUGUUUGUCGGAAGUGCCAAAGAAGACAAGGAGAAGCGUCGCUGGUGAAAGAAUAGUCACCUUCUUUCCACCAGGAGCCCUUUCAACCUUGCUUCAAGCUACACUUAGGGGCUCAACUGUUCUCUUGACUCUUCCAGGAGCCUUGCUCCAACCCAUCUGCCAGCUCAGAUAACCUUCUGAUUGUUGGCAACCACAUGUUUGAGGUGACUGCAUGUGACCACCACCGCCCAUUCUCGAGAAGGAGCAGUGUCUCGCAACCCCAAUCUGCAUCAUGCAGUGGAGACGGCGGCACUUAUGUUCCAUCAAGAUGACCUGGACCAUCAAACGUUCCCUGUUUCGGACCCAUGUGGCUGGUCUGCUCUCCUUGGCUCUACUCUUUACAGUCUUUCUGUUUUUCAGCCACCAGGAAUGGUUGCCAGGGCGCAGUGGGCCUCGUGACUACCCACUGGCUUACACCAUCAGGGGUCUCCGGGCUCCCAAGGGAGAGGCCAACCAGAGCAGCUCCCUGAGGAGCCUGUGGAAGGAGACAGGGUAUGGUGCUCCAAAGCCUCUUCUCAACCUCAGCUCUCAACAGGCAGAGGGAACAGCAGCUGAGCCAGGAGGAGGUGGAGCUGGAGGAGGAUCCAGGACGGGCAUCAUGGGGCUUGGGGACUCCAUGAGCUCUAACAACAGUUUACAGAAGGAGAUGGAUGUUGGGGAGAAGCUUAGUGCUCAGCCCUACCGCUACAUCCUGAAUGAGCCUUACAAGUGCAGGGACAGUACGCCCUUCCUCAUCCUCCUCAUUGCUGCUGAGCCUAGACAGGCUGAUGCACGCAACGCAAUCCGGCAGACAUGGGGAAAUGAGAGUGUAGCUGGGGGCCUGGGAUUCGUCCGACUUUUUCUUCUCGGUACAGGAAAGAGUUCAGAUGCCUUCCUUCAAAGUAGCAUUGAAGAAGAGAGCCGUAUUUACCAUGAUAUCAUUCAACAGGACUAUCAGGACACCUACUACAACCUAACCACCAAAACCUUGAUGGGCAUGAACUGGGUAGCCACCUACUGCCCACGUGUCUCCUAUGUGAUGAAGACGGACAGUGACAUGUUCGUCAAUACAGAGUAUCUCAUCCAAAAGCUGCUAAAACCCGAAUUGCCCCCCAAACAGAAGUAUUUUACAGGCUAUCUAAUGAGGGGCUAUGCACCAAACCGAAACAAGGACAGCAAGUGGUACAUGCCACCAGAGCUUUAUCCAAGCGAGCGCUACCCAAUAUUUUGCUCAGGCACAGGAUACGUGUUCUCAGGGGACAUGGCCGAGUUGAUCUAUCAGGCCUCGCUAAGCAUACGCAGGCUGCAUCUGGAGGAUGUGUAUGUAGGGAUCUGCCUGGCAAAGUUACGCAUAGACCCUUCACCCCCUCCCAAUGAGUUCCUCUUCAACCAUUGGCGAGUCUCUUAUUCCAGUUGCAAGUACAGCCACCUGAUCACAUCCCAUCAGUUUCAGCCCAAUGAACUCAUUAAGUACUGGAACCAUUUGCAGACCAACAAGCACAAUGCCUGUGUCAAUACGGCCAAGGAGAAGAACGGCAGACACAGACAUCGAAAGCUUCAUGGGGAGAGGCUUCCAUGAUGAAUCCUGUGACAACAGCUCACUUAAGGAAGUAAAAGAUCUUGUGCAAAGAAGGGAACAUUGAACUCGGCACAAUAUUUAAAAAAGCACAUUGUUUUUGGUAUUAUGUACAGUUUAUGAGCCAACUUAUUUUUUUAUUUUUGAAAGAGUUAUUGUAAAUCUAUGGAGCUAUUUCCGACAGGAAGAAUAGGGGACAUGAUUGUGUGAUGCACAAAGAAAGCUGCAGCUCAAAAGUGGGGUUUUGGAUAAUUCAGGUGCCAACAGUUGGGUGGCAAUUCCUGCUCUUCUCUCAAGGGCAGUGCAGUAUGUCAGUCUAUGAUGUUUAAAGAGAUGGGUUAAAAAAACCACCACUGUGUUUACACAGACAAAAGGAAAUGUACAUUUAUUUUGAAAAAUUACACUACCUAAAUAUGAAUGAAUGAUAUAAAUCGUUUAACACUGACCAGUUAUGCUGCCCUGUUUCUCAGUGUUUACUUUACAGAUCUAUCAAAGUACACUAAAAGUGGUUUUCUUGUCAUCUAAUGUAUUUUAUUUUUCAAAGGAUUCAUAUAAAGCACCACAAUCACAUCAGAAAUGACUGAGAUUGUAUUUUAUAAAGCUUUACAUUGAGUACUACUCUGCACUUAAGUAAAUGUGCAAUGACUCAGUUAAAAAACUAAAAAUAAAUGUACUGAAUUCA